CUGUAGCCUAUAGAUCUGUGCAAGGCUUUUUAACCGGGUACAACCAGCCAGGCUUAAAGGAAACAUUUGGGUUAAAUUCAGUAAGAGACUAUAGCCAACGAUAAAGGUCCGAAAAGAUAAGAAAACAUGAGCGACAAGGGGACAGUCUCACCGAAAGAGGAGGCAACAGAGAAGAGGGGGCGUGGAAGACCCCGCAAGCAGCCCAAGGAAAAGACCACUGACGAAGCAAGUGGGUCUCCUGCUCCAAAGAGGUCCAGAGGACGGCCCAAGGGCAGCACAAACAAGACUGUCAUCAAGGCCAAAAAGGCAGCGGCUGCCGCAGCGGCUGCCGUAGCUGCCCCAGCUGCAGGGGCAAAACGCAGGGGAAGACCUAAGAAGGAGGAGAAGGAAGAAAAGGCAUCCCAGGAAUCAUCUGAGGAGGAGGAGGAGGAGGAGGAGGAAGAAGAAGAAGAAAACGACCAGUAAUUCACAACGCAUGCUACCUCACUCAACAUACUGACAUACUGUUAACUAGAACUGGGCUGUAUCUCCAACGCCAGUGCCACCACAUGACCACUGUUCACGACAAAGCCCCCCUUUGCCAAAAGGAGGCUUAACACAGUUCAAAUAUCAUGCAACAGCACUGGAUAGAACGAUGGACCUUGCUCAAGCAUAGAUCUAAGAAUUACAUGAAGGGUAACAGCCCUUUUCUUUACACGUCAUGUUAUCACAAGUCUUUUAUACUGGACAAGUGUGCUCUGAGGAGCCUGGAUUCCCCUAAAGAUGGUUUGUAAGACUCUCCUCCGCUUAAUGUUACUUAUGUGUUGUACCCGCAUCUGAGAUGGUAGGGCAUAUAGAUUUUUCUUCAUGUUUUGUACUGGACAAAGGUGAAUUUUACCUGUACUUACUGGUUUUAUUUUUUGUUUGUGUGAAGUGGUUAACCUAUCCCUUGCAACAUAUUAUAGAUGGAGUUGAGCUUUAGUGUUUAGGAUGAGAAUAGGUAAAAGAUGGUAGAAGUGUGUUUUUUUUCAUUUCUGCAUAACUGAUUUCUCCCUACCCCACCAGUAGAGCAGAAUCAUCCUUAACCGGUCCUUUAGGAAAUUUUAGAUAAGGGUUAUGCUUUACAAACUUCGUCGCCGGUCCUUGGCGUGCAGUGGGGAGAUGUAAAGUGUAUCGCUGGUCUGAUUUACUUACUGUUUUGUUCCUUCGGGUUACAUACAUUUAUAAAAAAACAUGAGUGUGCUGCUUUUCAUGAUAUAAUACAACUUUUUUUGGUAUAAUGUGUGUUUUUAAGAAUAGGGUUGGCAGAGUUCUAGGCAGAAGGCAUCAGUGUCAUUUCUUCAGGGAGCUUUUACAAAUGCUGUUUUCGUUGGCGUCUUUGUCUUCACACGGUCCUCAGUUACUAAGCGCUCACCCAAUCACUCAAGGCAAACUGCAAUCGGUCAAAACCAGGAGUUUGAUCGUAAUAGAGGAUAGUCGGUGGCACUGCUAUCCAACAGGAUAACGUUGUUCAUUCCAUCUAGCUCUCACUGCUUCACCUAGCGUGGUCCUUCUGUCAUCACUUAGUACAGUAAUACACUUUCUUAGUCUUUUUGAAGAUGUGUGUUGUAAUGUUUGUAUUUCUAAGUGUCAGGGAACCCGCAGUCACAGUACACUUACCUGGGUUUUUUCCACCUACCUAAGCUGCUACAACCUCAGUUAAAAACCCCGGAAAAACUGCAUACAGGCGAUACAAGGCCUGGAUUGCAUACCUCAAUCAACAGUUUGCUUAACCAUAGAAUUGCAUUGAACUGGUUUCUGUUUUUAAAUGUAACCUCUGGCAUGAAUUGGAAAAUGUAUUUUUGUUUUUCUUACAAAUGGACUGUAAUGCGGUAUCUUAAGAUGUCAAGUUUGUGAUUGUGUGUGUGUGUGCACACACGCAGCACGUCUUGGCUCGUUCAUAACCGGAGCUUGCAGACAGGUUGUUUAUAUUUGUGAAGCAAGUCAGGGAGACCUGUCGGCUUGACAACUGUGUUCGCUGACUGUGGUAGAUUAGCAGGUGUGUUUUUAUUCUUCUGGUGCACUGAAAUGUUGGUUCAAAUUUUCAUGGACAAAUAUUUGUGUGUUUGUUAGACUAGGCGCUCUUUUCACUUAACCAUUCUGUUGGCCAAUGUGUGUUUGGCACUAACACACAUUGCCACCAUCAAUAGUACACUGGUCAUUUCAUGUUAUUUUUUUCAAACAUCCAUCAACUACUUGGUACCAUAUGGGUAUCAUUUUACAUACCGACAUCUUGCAACUGUUCAUUUACAUACUGUUGAUGCGUUAGGAUGGGAUCAUUCUUUUUAAUGUACACCGUAUAUAAAUGUACAAUGUCUAUAUUUCUAUGGUGCCCUACAACAAUUUGUAUCAGAAAUGGUCAAUAAAGAGAAUUUUCUUUGUCA